AUGAAGCGCAGCGAGAUCACUCCCCAGGAGGUUGAUGCGAAGAAGCUGAAGAAUAACGACGGCGAUAGGGAGCUUCUUACGCAGGGCACCUGCAAUCUCUCUCUCCAGGACAAGGAGAACAUUCACAGCGACUACUAUGAAGCGAGUAAAAGCAUCGAUAGCAACGACGAAGAGCAGACAGGCAAGACUGCUGCCGUUGCUGAUGCGAAGCCUGCGGCUCGCACUCAUGCUCGAGUCCCUCUUGGCGAGCUCCCAGUGUCGGACUUCAGUGGUCUGAAAAAAGAGCAGCUGGUAAGUUUUGAGCACGUAAUUCUCCAGCAGCAGCACUGA